GCUCGUUCGGGCUGUUUUCUUGGAGUUUCCAGCUCGCAGGUUGGCGAAGGCACUCUUAUUUCAGCAGGCCCAUCUACGGGCCGACAAUGGGUCCGAGCAGACUUCACGGAUGGCACCUCCCCGCAGUGUGCCUUCGUAGUUCGGACUGCCGGCCCAUCACGCGAGGUGCUGGAUGGAUGUGAGAUCUCCUUGCAGAAUCUGGCCUCCUCCCAGGUGGUGGGACACUGCGAUGGGGACGCCAACCCACACAGCUUGGUCUCCACGGCGCGGAAGUUCGAUGCAA